CACUGCUAGGCAUUGACUGGAGCAACUGCUAUGGGCACUGACUGGUGUCACUGACUGGCAGCACUGCAUUGAUGGGCACUGGUGGGCACAGGUGGGUGGCACUGGUGGGCACAGGUGGGUGGAUGCACUGCUGGGCACAGGUGGGCGGAACUGGUGGGUGGCACUGCUGGGCACCAAUCAUCAGGGCACUGAUCAUCAGUGCCCUGAUGAUCGGUGCCGAUCCCUACUCUGACAACUGCCGGUUCUCGACAGUACUUUCCUCGCGCUCUGACAGCGUGAGGAAAUUGCAGCCGAGAACCGGCAAUUGC